AUGGCUGAUGAACCCCUGAUCCAGCUAGCCAGUCAGGUCUACACAAUUACGCCGCGGAUGCUAGCUGCCCACGAGAAGGUGAAGAAUCCGUUUCCCAACGUGGAUGCCCGCUCGGGGUUCUUCUGCGGUAUUACGGUUUACAAGAGGCUCAGUUUACCGAUUGAGCGGCCAAAAUCGCUCAGCACCACGGCCUACGCGGCGUUGAUGUGA